AAAUGAGCAUAAUCAAAUUUUAAACAAUUAUAAUUGUCUAUCUUUCUGUUUAGAUUAUGAACAUCAAUAUAAAUUUUAUUGAUUCAUGAAAAAUCGUCCAAUGAAAUAACUCAUUAUUAUUCGGUCGAAGUCAUUAUUAUAUCUACAUGGUCAACAAUAUCCAUUUAUACAACAUAUUUACAACGUGGUGGAUAAUUGAUUUAUCAAAUAAGAUCAAGUUCAUGAAGAAAAUUUUCACAUCAAUGCAACAAUGAUUAAUAACAAAAAAUAUUUAUAACCGAUUCAACAUUAUUAACACAUAUACAAAAAGAACUUAAUGAUUAUAAUCAAAUUUCAUUUAUACGUCAUACUGAAUCAUCAUCAAGGGAAGAUCAAGCUAUAAGUGAAACAAAAUUAACAUUAUCUGAUAUUGAUAUAACAGAUGAUAUACUUUUAUUGAAUGGGAUCAAGAACGAAAUUUAUUUCAAGAUUAUAUUAAUUCAUUACGUAAAGAAAUACGUGUUCUUUUACAAGAACGUUUAGAUUAUCAAGCUCAAACACAUAUUAAUGAUCACCAGGUGGAAAUUGAUUUAUUACGAAAAGCAUUAGAAGAAAAUUUUUUUUUUGAACAAUUACAAAUUAAAUAUGAAUUAAUAAAAAGAAAUAAUAUAAAUUUAAUACGUAAAAUAUCUAAUUUAGAAACUGAUACAAAAUCUCGAAUUUGUAUUAUCAAUGAAUUAAAAGAAAAUGUAGCUGAUUUAAAUGUUGAUUUACAAAAUCAUAUACUUAUGAAACAACGUUUAGAAAUGUCAAUUAAUAAUCUAGAAAAUAAUUAUCAACUUCUUGAUACUGAACGUAUUAAAUUAACAAAUGAUUUCAAAGAAAAUCAACAUAAUAGUACGUUAACAAUUAUAUUAAAUGAUCAAGUAAAACAAUCAUGA